AUGAAGAAAAGAAUUGGCGCACGCGUCAAAAAAAUUCUCUCAUGCUCUGACACAAAUCUGGAUGCCAGAACUCCCAACCUUCCAGUGAAGAUAGAUGUUCGUGAAGAAUAUGCCAAUGCCUUCAGGACAGAAUCGUACAAUAAAUUUUGGACACGAGUUCAAGCACUACCCAAUAGAGACCCUGCCACGCGUACUGUUCUAUCGGUUGAGUCCAACACCAGCGCGGCUCGGCUACCAUCAUAUCGGCUCUUCGUCGAAAAUCUUUUGGAUCCGGAUCAGUCAAUAGUUAUUCGAAUCCUAUCCUGGGUCCAUAUCCGACCCUCAACCCACUCUCUGCUAUCCAAAUAUUUCACCCAAACAGCCAAUGCUUCUCUCCUUUGUGGCUCGUUAUUAAAAGACAUAGACCUUAUCCGGGUCAAAUACCGGUCCCUUAGAGCCACCCUUGAACAAAUACCCAAAUCCGAAUUUCCUGACCCAACAAUUCUAACAAAGCUAACCGAAUUUGCCAACGCUCCAAACCCAUUUGAUCGAUCCGGUUCGACACCAAGCCGGGUUGGAGUCAUGCAAGCCGAUUGCUUCAAAUUGCUGAAGCAGCUAGAGUCAGAGCGUGAGAGGGCUAAAGCCAAGAUAAAUCUAAGAAACAAACUAAAACAUGGCUCAGCUAUGUUUCUUGUGGCUCUAACAGCUUCACUAACCAUAACCAUAGCCACACACGCUCUGGCCUUGCUAGUUGCCACUCCAGGUCUGAUAACAGCGACGUCACUGGGGCUAGGCUCGACAAGGAGGCUAGGUAGGGUUGCAGCUCAGCUGGAUGCAGCUGCAAAAGGGAGUUACAUACUGAGCAGGGACUUGGAAACCAUUAGCAGGCUUGUGAACCGAGUAAAUGAUGAAAUGGAGCACAUGCAUUCGAGCGUGAAGUACUGGGUGGAGAGAGGGGACGGUGGGGGUAAUUGGUUGCAUGGCAUUAAUGGUGAGGCGGUGGUGAGGCAAUUCAACAAGAUCAAUGAAUGUCGUAGCUUUAGCAACCAAGUUGAUGAUCUAGAGGAGCACUUGUAUUUGUGUUUUAUGACCAUCAAUAGAGCUAGAAACCUUGUACUCGAACAGAUUCUGAAUCCACCUCAAUAA